AUGUUAACAAAGCCUCCGUUAACUAAUCGUACAAAUCAAUUGUCAUCAACAUUACUAAUAAAACCACGUGUACAUACAAUACUAAAUCAUAAAAAACAUCAAAUUAAUUUUGAACAAAUCGAUCGUUAUUCACAUAAAUUUAAUCUUUUAAAUCUUAGCAAUGAAAAAUGGUUAGCAAUGGCUUCGUCUGAUAAAUAUAUUUUAAUUGGUGGUGGAAGUUCAAGUUCAUUACGUCUUUUUGAUUUACAAGGAAAUGAAAAAUAUAUUAUUGAUAUAAAAACAUUUGCAGCGUUUGAUUUAGCAUGGUCAAAUGUAUUAAAUGCUUUUCUAAUUGCUGGUUAUGAUCGUUUACAAAUGUAUAAUGUUGAAAAAAAUCAAUUAACAUUAGUGAAUAAUAUAGAUUUAAUAAAUAAAAAAGAUAAUUAUCUAUGGUCUAUUGCUUGCCAUGGUACUGAUCUUUUUAUUGUUUUAUCCGAUGGUCUUGAAUCUGUUUGGCGUUUAUCAUUACCAAAAUUUCAACGUAUUCAAACAUUAUCUGGUAGUGAAAUUCGUGAAAGUAAUUCCGAUGAUCGAAUAUCAUGUAUACGUACUAAUGGUCAUUCAAUUGGUAUGACAAUAAGACAACGUACUACAAAUCAAUGGCGUGUUGAUUUAUUUGAUUAUAAUACAAUGACACGUACACAUCGUGGUUUAACAAUAGGUUAUGGUACUGGUGCAUUUAAUUUUCUCGAACGUUGUAUGUUAACACCUAUAAAUGAUGAUCAAUGGCUUAUUAUAGGUGGAUAUAAAGUUCAACCUAAUGCAUUAACUUUAAUGGAUGAACGAACUGGUGAAAUCAAACAAAUUGAAAGGCAAUCUGAUAAACAAAAUGAAUUUAUAUCAAAUAUUUGUACAAGUAAUAAUAAUAAUCAACAAAUUAUAACUAUGAUUGUUAUGAAUAAUGAAACUGGCCAACGACAGAUACAUGUUUUUGAACAAUAA